AUGGAAGGUGUGUUGGACUUUGACACGAUCGACGUGGAACUAGAUGAAGACCUUCUAAAGAAACAGAGUAGGAGAUGUACAGAUGAGUUCUUGAAAUCACUGUCUCUUGACGAUGAAGAUGAAGACUUCAUUAUCCCAUUAUUCGAGAAUGUUGAAGAUGAUGAAGCACCCGUGGAAGAAGAACCUUUGGAUGACGAACAGGAGGAGGAAGAAAAUGUAGAUGAAGUUGUGGAUGAAGAGGAAAAUGAUACUGAAGCUCAGUUUAAAUAUUCCACACAUGAUCCAAAUGUGAAAUGGAAUAGAAUGAAACCUCAAGAGGGAGAAAGGUAUGAAUCUCCACAGCAACUUAAACUCUGUUUAACAAAUCAUGCCAUAUCUAAAGGUUAUCAGAUUAGGUUUAAUAAAUGUGAUAGUGUUAGACUACACUGUGUGUGUGCUAGUGAUCAUGAGAAAUUCGGUUGCCCUUAUUAUGUUAAAGCCUCUUGGAUGAGCACUGAAAAGUCAUUCCAAAUAAAGAAAAUGUAUCCACAUCAUACAUGUGUAAAGAAUUUUAACAAUGGAAAACUUAUGGGACCAACAUGGUUAGCUAGACAAUUCCUUAAAGAACUUAUUAAGACACCUAAUUUGAAAGCUAAGGAAAUCCAAGAAAAAGUUCAACACAAAUUUCACACUAAGAUUUCAUGGGUAAGGAGUUAUAGGGCUAGAUGUAGGGCAAUGUCCAUGAUUGAGGGAAAAUUAGGUGAUCACUAUGCAAGGGUGUGGGAUUAUGGUGGUGAAUUGCUAAGAUCCAAUCCAGACAGCACCAUUAAAAUUUGUGUUGAAGACAACAAUGAUGGUACAACUAUUUUCAAAAGGAUGUACAUAUGUUUCAAAUCAAUCAAAGAAGGGUGGAAGAUGGGUUGUAGAAGGGUAAUAGGGAUCGAUGGAUCUUUUCUGAAAGGGCAGUGUAAGGGACAAUUAUUAACAACCAUAGGUAGGGACCCAAACAAUCACGUUUUUCCCAUAGCUUGGGCUAUAGUUGAUAUUGAGAAUAAGUUUAACUGUAAGUGGUUCCUUCAGUUGUUAGAGGUUGACCUUGGAAUGGAUGCAGGAAGGGGCAUGUGUGUAAUUUCAGACCAACAUAAGGGUCUUCUUGAGGCAACAAAGGAGGUGUUACCAUAUGUUGAGCAUAGACAGUGUGCACGACAUAUCUAUGCCAACUUCAGAAAAGUAUAUAGUGGAAUUCAGUUAAGGAACCUAUUUUGGAAGGCUGCCAAAUCAACUGUAGAGGGUGAAUUCAAGAAUCACAUGGAUGAGAUUAGACAGAUUAGCCCAGGUGCUUAUGAACAUCUAAUGGCAAGGGAGCCAAAUACAUGGUGCAGGGCUUUCUUUUCCACUGGAUUGGCCUGUGAGGCUGUAGAAAAUGGUAUGGCAGAAUGCUUCAAUGCAGUUAUACUUGAUGCUAGGAAGAAGCCACUACUGACCAUGCUUGAAGAGAUAAGGUUGUAUAUGAUGGACAGGUUUUACAACCUCAGGGAGUUAGCUGAAAAAUGGGAAGGAGAUGUGUGUCCAUCUGCAAUUAAGAAAAUGGAAGAAUUUGGUGAGGACUUGAAGUUUUGGAGGGUACACCCUAGUGGACAAAAUGAAUUUGAAGUUAGAAAUGGUCUUGAAUCAUAUGGAGUCAACAUAGAGAAAAGGAGUUGUGCAUGUAGACUUUGGGAUGUAUCAGGGAUACCAUGUGUCCAUGCCCAAGCAUCUAUCAUGUUAACUCAUCAGGAUCCAAAGACAUUUAUCAGCAAGUGGUUUGGUAAGGCAAUGUACAUUUCAAGUUAUAGUUCUAACAUUCUACCUGUUAAUGGCAGCAAUUUAUGGAAAGAAGCUCCUUAUAUUAAGCCCUUACCCCCCUUAGAGAGGAGGAUGCCAGGCAGGCCUACUGUGAAAAGGAAAAGGCAUGUAUCAGAGAGGGAUGACAAGUUCUCUCAAGUGUCCUCAAAGGGCAGAACUGUCCAAUGUCAAAACUGUCAACAAAAGGGGCACAACAAGAAAACCUGUAAAACUCCACAUGUUGAACCAGAUCCUAAACCCAAUAAGAAAAUAGGCAGGCCAAGAUUGGACCCUAGUCUAACCCAAUGGACAAGACGUGGUAGAGGGGGGAGAAGGGGAAAUAGAGGAGGUGGUAGGGUACCUAGAGGUGGGGGUGGCUUUCAUAGCUGGUUUGAAAGAGGUGAAACCUCAAAUACAGUACCACCCCAAAAAAGGGUCAAUGAAGAAUAUAAUUCUGAAGAGAUGGUGGAUGUAGAUGUGAUGAGUGAUGGAGAUGGGCUGGAUAUGGCAGAUAUGGACUACAUUACACAACAAAUUACAGAGUUGAGGAAAUCAGGUUACACUGAUGUAGACAUUAUGAGAUGCCUUGGAAUUACAAAAGCUCAUUUAGAAGAGUUUGGAUAUGUGGUUGCCAAUGUUGAAGGUGGACUAGAAGGAGAUGGACAGGGUAAUGAAGAAGAAGGAGGACAUGGACAAGGAGAUGGAGUGGAAGGAGGUGGAGAUGGACAAGAAGGAGAUGGACAAGAAGGAGAAGGAGAUGGACAGGGUAAUGAAGAAGAAGGAGGACAUGGACAAGGAGAUGGAAUGGAAGGAGGUGGAGAUGGACAAGAAGGAGAAGGAGAUGGAUAG